AUGAAAAAGUUGAUAUUAUUGAUUGCUCUGAUAUUUACAGUUGCUUCUGCAGCUGAAACUGAAAUCACUAAGAAAAUGAAAGAGUUUGAAAUUAUACCAAAUAUUGUUCAAAGCAAUGUUCCAGAAUUAUUAAAGAUAUCCUUUGAUAGUGGGGCAUCUGUUAACAUGGGAAAUGAAAUAACACCUUCUCAAGCAAAAAAACAACCUAAAGUAGAAUGGAAAGGUGAUAAAAAUGCUUACUACACUUUAGUGGCUUUUGGUCCUGAUGCACCUACACCAGAUAAUCCAUUUAUAAGCAACAUUAUAACAUGGAUGGUUGGAAAUAUAUCUACUAAAGAUGUUGGUGCAGAACACAUUCUAGCUGAAUAUUUUGCUGCUGCACCACCAAGAGAGACAAAAAAGCAAAGACUUAUUUUCCUAAUGUUCAAACAACCAAAGAAACUUCAAUUUGAUGAAAAACCAAUUAAUAAAUAUACUGUUGAAGGUCGAUUAAACUAA